AUGUCGGCCGAAGCUCAACCCAUUUCCGCCGAACGUUUCGCUUUCGCAAUUGAAGAUUUGCCAGUCGAGAACCUGUACUCGAAAGCCCAAGAACUUUCAAAUUCGAUAUCCCACCUCGAACGCUCCAAUCAUCAGCUCCAGGAAUAUAUCGACAGCAUCCGCUCAGAUACUACACUGUCUGAAAGUAUGAGGCAGGAGGGCGACAGAGACUGCGCUGAAGCCAUCCAAGAGAACAAUGUCGUGAUCGAGAGACAGAAAGACAGAAUCCAGUUGUUGAAGCGGGAAGUAGAAAGGAGAGGGGGACGAUGGCACGAGGCAGACAACAGCGGGAAGGUCAACGGCAGUGCAGGAGACCCGACCACGAACGGGGAUGCCAUGGCAGCAGGCAGAAGCACGGGUGGCACGCUCACAGACGAGGAGUUGAGGAGACAACUAAUGGGACGGUUGGGGGAGGAUGACAACGCCGACGCUGAUGGAAUGGAUCUGUGA